AUGGAUAGCACAUAUACUAUUAUUCGCGGCGAAGGUCCUGAUCUCCCCAUUGAUGAUUACGAAACAUCGAACUCGAGCACGAACAAAUCAAUUUCUCCUCCAAAAUGGCACACUAUAGACAACAACAAAUACGACUUAGUGCCAACCGUGGCCAUGGCCGCGGAUGAAUCAAACGAUAGAGACGCAUACGGUAAAACGGAAAUGCAGUCAAAAAAGAUCUUGACCGGUGCAGAACGCCGAGACUCGCUACUUUCCGUCGACAGUGAAUCGGGGACCGGCCUUCAAUGCCGUCUUACAAUAAUCUUUGGCAUAGUGUGCUCCUUAGCUUGUAUCGCAUGUAGCAUUGGAUACUGGGUCACGUCCUCCGGCCCUGCGAACAUUUUUAUACACAGUGGCUUACCCGGCGAGGCGGCUUCCUUCAUCGUCAACUUGAUACUCACGCAAUGCCUUGAAGGAUUAGCCUAUGUUCAUUCAGUAUCUCUUCGGUGGGCACUUCUCAAGGAGAAGCGCCUUGUGUUUAAUACCAACAUACGCUUGAUAACCAGCUCGAAUCGCUCUCGGCCCAAUAGCUGGUAUAUCAACGCGAUCUCAGCGGCACUUCUAAUUCUUUGCUAUGCAGCAACUUCGAUGCUUUUCAUCCCGCGAGUCAACAUGGAUUAUGGCACUCUGUAUGAGACGCACGUGAACUUGCUCGCCUUGUUAGCGCUAGGACUUGCGUUGUUGGGACAAACCGUAGUUGCAAUAUGGUGCUACUAUAGUAACCUUCGCGAUAUUCCAACAUGGAGCUCAAAUCCACUGGAUACUACAGUCUUAAUGCUUGAUCGGCAGUUGGUACGGCAUAGAGAGGGCCGCUGCAUGUACUCGAUGCAAGUUCGAGACAUAUUGGGGGAGGAACAGGAAAGUGCACCGAAGCUUCCAAGUCCACAGCAGCSGAGCCAAUGGCAGCUCAUCCCUACAACCAGACAUGCUUUAAUAUUCAUAUGGAUUCUGGCUGGGCUAUCUUUUGUGUGGUUUUUAACAAUAGUCCUUGUUGCACGAGGUAAUAUGAUAGGUGCAAUCAAUCAAAUCGGGCAUCUGCCCAACGCCACCUGGCAUUUCUCAAUGACUUGGAAUGCUACAUCGAACCCUGUGGUAGACGACCUAGGAGGUACGUAUUUUUUCAAUGCCGUCUUCUUCAGUCUGGAUUGGGCACAAAUUAACUCAGACAUGCCUUUUGUGCCUGCUUUGAUCGUCAAUCUCCUGUUUGUCUGCGCAAUACAGGGCUUGCAAACACUCGGACUCCACUUUUCAGAGCUCGUCAUAAACUUGUCCCGAGACGAAGAUGUGUGGAGAUCUCUCGAUGCUUAUGGCCGGUCGAAGGGUGUCAAGACAAGCGUUCUUGAGAAGCCCCCGUUCCUGGCUGCCCUCAUGAGCUGGAAAUACAUUGUGCUUGUGAUUUUUAAGUCACUAUUACAUUGGCUGCUCGGUCAGUCGUCUCAGGCUUCUGUCGAGCUCCUAGAGGAUCGCGUUUGGCUGACCAUGAACUACUCUCGUUUGUUCAUUUAUGCGAUCUGCGCUACCGCCUUUGCGUCAGUCAUUACUUUCAUUGCUUGUAUGAAGCCUAAGGGACCCCAGCCGGCGACGUAUGGUCACAUACAAACUCUUGCAGACGUUAUUGACGAUUGGAAAUUGGACGAUGAUAAGCGAUUUUGGUGGGGAGAUAAAGGUUUCAGCGGCAUGGAAAGUGUUCGACAUGCGGGGAUGAGUCGCAACAAGCACUAUCUAGGAGAGAUCCAGAUGAACGAGCUCUAUGCUGGUUAG